AACACUUCUACUGAGAUCUGUGCCGUCAGAGGAUCAACAGUGGACAUUACCUUUACCUACACAUACCCAUCCACAUUUAAUAACCAUGAUACUACAGUUCAGGAAACUUUCUGGUUCAUUAAAGAGAGUAAUGGGAUUCACGUUGAUCUAAGGACUGAUCCGGAGUAUUCAGGUCGUGUGGAGAAUCUCUGUGGAAACAACAAGUGCACUCUGAGAAUCUCUAACCUGAGAGAGAGCGACUCAGCUGUGUACAAGUUCAGGUUCACAACAAACCAACCUACUGGGAGUUUAACUGGUUCAGCUGGAGUCACUCUGUCUGUCACAGAUUUGCAUGUGCAGGUGAGAACAUCAUUGAAGUAUUACUCUUAUAACCGGGCAGAGCUCAGGUGUCAGAGCAGUUGUCGUCUUCCUGAUCAUCUGAACUACGUCUGGUACAAGAAUCAACAGAAGAAGAUGGAAGGAGCAUCUUAUUUUGAUGAGUUUUAUAAUGCAGACAGUGUUUCCUGUGCUGUUAAAGGACUCGAGGAUUUCCGCUCUCCGUCAAUGUUGGUACAGAGUCAGAAUGGCUGGAGUGUGAGUUACACUUCUACUGAGAUCUGUGCCUUCAGAGGAUCAACAGUGGACAUUAACUGUACCUACACAUACCCAUCCAGGUUGAAUCACCGUGAUACUACAGUUCAGGAAACUUUCUGGUUCAUUAAAGAGAGUAAUGGGAUUCACGUUGAUCUAAGCACUGAUCCGGAGUAUUCAGGUCGUGUGGAGAAUCUCUGUGGAAACAACAAGUGCACUCUGAGAAUCUCUAACCUGAGAGAGAGCGACUCAGCUGUGUACAAGUUCAGGUUCACAACAAACCAACCUACUGGGAGUUUAACUAGUUCAGCUGGAGUCACUCUGUCUGUCACAGACCAUCAGCUCCAGGUACAUGUUAGGAGAUCAACAGCCAAUCCAUCUUCUACCUGGACAGAGCUGACCUGUCACAGCAGGUGUCAGCUCCCUGAUCAUCUUUCCUACGUUUGGUACAAUAACAAUAAACCUGUUGGACGAAAAAAAUACUUUCACCUCAAACACUUUAAUCCUGAAGACAGCUAUCACUGUGCUAUAGAAGGACAGGAGCGUUUCCCUUCUCCUACAUUGUACGCUCCAAAGCCUCCCUCUGUGUCAGUGAGUCCCUCUGGUGAGAUCAUGGAGGGCAGCUCAGUGACUCUGACCUGCAGCAGUGAUGCUAACCCAGCAGCUAACUACACCUGGUACAAGGAGAACGAGGACUCACCAACAGCAUCAGGACAAAUCUUCACCAUCACUAAUAUCACAGCUGAACAUGGUGGAAAGUAUCAGUGUGAGGCCCAGAACACACACGGACGUAGUAAGGCCACCUUACAUCUGACUGUUGGAGCAGUGUUACCUACAUCAGCACUCAUUGGAUCAGCUGCUGCAGUUUUCCUCACUGUGACUCUCCUCUCCGUGUUCCUACUGAUCAGAAAAAAGAGAAACUCUCAUCAAUCUGCUGAUCCUGGGAACAGACUUGACCACAGUGAGCAGCGUCUACACAAUCAGUCUGAGGAAAACUGUGACCUCAACUAUGCCAGUGUCCACUUCAUGAAGAGUGAGACGGAUCCCGUCUACUCCAGCGUCAGAUCAGCUGAACCCAGUGAACACAAGGAGGCGGAGGAGGUUGCGUACGCUUCUGUCAACUUUAACAGAUCUGCCCCGAGAACCAGAGGUCAGGACACUGGAGAGGAUCCAGCUGCAUUGUACAGCACAGUCAAAACACCUCCUGCUGUUUAGACUAACAUCUGGAAAUCACCUUAGUCCUGAUGGAAAAUAUCUCAACAGCUGCAGGAUGGAUUUGAAUAGAAUUUCAUAAAACUGUUCAUGGUCCCCACAGGAUGAAUCCCUCUGUGGUGACAGUCUGACUUGAGCAUCAUUGUUGAAGUGAAUGUUCAGUUUUAAGUGACUUGUCUUGACAGCUAAUGGAUAAAUUGCCCCGAAGAUGAAUCCUUACGACUUCGCUGACUCGACUAUUAUCUGAAAUAUAUCAGCAACUUGUAUAAGUUGUUCAAAAUGCCACAUUUAGCCUGAAUGAAAAAUAUCAAACAUUUUGUUGUGCUACACUGCUGCCACUAGAUGGUAGUAAAGAGUUUUACUGAUAAAACCACAGAGAGGAUUCUGUCCCUUUCUCUUCUUUCUGUUUCUACACUAUUGUUUCCAUCGUUUCCAUCAUCAGCCGAUCAGGAGUUGAACUCAUUUCCUCUGAGGACUGGAGGGAGCACGUCUCAUGUGGAUGUGAGCUGCUACUGACGUGAUGAACGCCUUGAAUGUGACCGCUAACACAAAGUGAACUGCUGCCACCAGAUGAGCUGUGUUGCCUCUGGUGUCUGUUCAAAGUUUGCAUCAGGUCCAUUGAUUUCACUUUAGUGUUUUGUGGUAUUUCUCACAUGUGAAGAAGAAGGAGUUAGUGUGUUUUAAUCCACCAUGUUCACACUGUGGCCAUUUUCCUCUGACAUCUCUCUCAGGGUGUGAAGCUUGAAUGGUGUUACAGACAGAAUAAUGUUGUACUGCUGUGAUCCAGGUUUAUAAGUUACACAAAAAAGAUAAUAUAUUAUUACUUAUUCUUCAUUAGGAUGAUUGAUUCAUUAUUAUAACAUUAGUUUUGAUAAUUUUAGUAACAUAAGCUUGUUUGCUGCACCUUUAGGAGACUGAUAUUAAUUAAACUUUUUCUUCACAACA